AUGAUCUCUAUCUCUCAACUGAAGGAUCACCUGGAAGAACUGAGGCAAAAGAAGGAACAACUCCAAGCUGAUGGAGCUGGAAUUAAAGAUCAGAUGAUUGGGUUGGUGUCACCAGUGCUUGCCAUAAGAGAGAUGGGUUCUAUUUUGGAGGUGAAUUUGAUAACUGGCUUAAGUAAGAGCUUCACUUUGCAUCAAGUUUUCAGUGUUCUUCAGCAAGAAGGUGCUGAAGUUGUCAGUGCUAGCUCUUCAACUGUGGGUGUCAGGGUCUUCUACACAAUUUAUUCUCAGGCUUUAUCUUCGAGAAUUGGCAUAGCUACAUCAAGAAUAAGUGAAAGAUUGCACCAACUGAUAAAUAAUCCCGUUGCAUAG